AUGAACCAGAUGCCCCGAGACUUCUUCAAUCAGAGGCCCUUUGGUCUUGUAGCUGGAGAAAAGAAAGUCGUGAUCUUCAAAAUCAUCAUUUCCAGUGCCAUGGACAAAAACAAUUCUCCAAAGAGCUGCAGAGAAAAUCUUAAACCAGAGAAGAUAUCCAAGUCCUUCCAAGAUAUUUCCAAGUACUUCUCCAAGGAAGAGUGGCUGAAAUUAACAAAAUGGCAGAAAAGUGCCUACGUGUAUAUGAAAAGAAACUACAUUAGAAUGUCCAGCCUAGGAGUCACUGUCAACCUCCCAGUUUUCAUGCGUGGCAAGGAACAGGCUGGGGAAUCCCUGCUCAGUGACUCUAAAGAAGGUCAUGGCCAUGAGAGUGAAGGCCAGAGUAGGAGCCAGGUGAAUCCACAGCGCCACCGACUGUGUGAAGGAAAGAAGACAGUGAUCUAUGAAGAGCUCAGUGAUUCUGAAGAAGAUUGA